AUGGACUCCUGGCUGCAGGAGAUUCAUGACACUCGUCGUGCUCUGGCGAAUUUGGGGCGCGUGAUUGAUGACGACCUCACGGUGGAUGUAAUCCUCAUGGGUGUGGUACACACUCACCGGGCCGUCGUACGGCAGUUCUCGCGGAUCAUGGCUCCUGGCUCUCGGCCCACGCUCCAGCAAGUGUUGAACACGCUGAAGUCUGAGACCGAGAUGGACGAGAUUGUGCGUGAUGAGGAAGAAGACAGUGGUAAGAUCCUGCACGAAGGGCACUACCAGAAUGUGUGCCGAAAGCGGCAAUUUGAUCUGAAGCAUGGCGCAGCUGGUAUGGCAAAAGGAGCUGGAGGCAAGCCCAGUGAGGGUGGAGGCAAGUCCGGUGGCGGUAGAGGCAAGAAACCCUCUCCGAAAGGAGGUCCUCCACAGCCAUCACCCCUGGGAAUGAUUGGACGAGUGGAGAAUACGUGUGCUGUAACAAGCACAGGGUCUACUGCUGCUGUAUCGCCGAACGGGUCUGAUUCUUUGGAGUGGAUACUAGAUUCAGCUGCAAUUACGCACACGUGUGCUGACCGCGAGCUUAUGUUGCGUUUUCCGCACUAUGUGGAGACUAACACACCACAUGAGUCCUGGACGGGUGAAAUCACUAGGGAGCAUUUGGUAUCAGAGUUGGAGACAUCCUUUGUAUCCACAGAGGAUUCCCAUGGGAGCGGUGGCGGUGAGCUACGGUACACCCUAACUGGGGAUCGCAAUGUCCCCGGCUGUCACGUGAAUUUGCUGAGUGUAAAUGCUUUGGAGGAGGAAGGCUGGCGUUGCGAGUCCAGGUAUCCUGAGAAUGGUCCCCCUCAGCGUCUGAUGUGGAUAGGAUCAACAGCAAUUUUGUUCGAGAAAAGUCAUGGGUAUUAUCGUACUCGAAGUAUCCAUGCACCUGCUCGCGUCGUUGCGUCUGCUAGGGCUGCUGAUAAUUCGCUGUUUCAGUGGCACCUUCGGUUCGCACAUGUAAAUGCUGACGCGUUGCAGAAGGUCUAUCGUGAUAAACAUAAUGUCCUAGAAAAAGCUGCGGCCACGACGCUCAAUCUGCUGCUGCGAAAAGCUGAUGUCUGA